AUGCCGCUAGUGCCUCAGGACGUAAGAGGAGUGAGUACCCGUUCAAUGUCAGAAGCGCAGCGUGUGAGGGAAGAGGGUGCUGCAGCUCAAACCAGCGAUGCAGAAGCCAAGCCUGUGCAGGUGGAUCUUCUGCUACAGCUGCAGCAAAUGAUGGCAGAGCAAGCGCGCCGCCAAGAAGAGCAAGCGCGCCGCCAAGAAGAGCAAGCGCGCCGCCAAGAAGAGCAAGCGCGCCGCCAAGAAGAGCAAGCGCGCCGCCAAGAAGAGCAAGCACGCUGUCAGGCGGAACAGCUACGGGAGCUGAAAGAAGAUCAAGCUCGUCGCCAAGAGGAUCAAGCUCGCCGCCAAGAGGACGCAACGAAAGGGCUCAAGAUUCCCCAUUACGACGGAACAACAUCCUGGAACGCGUUCAAGCUACAGUUUGAGACACUUAUGGAGGCUUAUGGUUGGACUCAGAAGGAAGCACAGUCAGCCCUCACCCUGGCCCUCCGCGAUCAAGCGCUCUCAGUGCUGGAAGCUAUCGGCGCAAGUGGGGAUCUCAGCUUAAGUGCCCUCCUCGACGCACUUGAGGCACGUUUUGGAGACAGCCACCUCGAGCACGUGUACAGAGCGCAAUUAAAAGAGCGUACUCAGCGUGCUAAUGAGAGCCUACAGCAAUGGUCCGUGGAAAUCGAGAAACUUGUGCGUCGAGCUUUCCGGUCGACUCCGUCAAUGAUUGAAGGCACGCUUCUCCAAGCGUUCAUUGACGGUAUUCGGGACCCCGAAGUACGAGCUGCUGUUCAUCUGGGCCAUCACAAGAACAUGAAAGAAGCUCUGGCCCAUGCAUUGGAAGUGGAAGCUGUGCGUGGUAACUCCCGUACCUUAUGUCUGCGGGAAAUGACGACUACGGAGCAGGUACCUCCACGCCGUCGGAACUUCAUGUGCUAUGGAUGCGGAGAGCGUGGGCACAUGCGGAGCAACUGCCCGAAGAAGGUGAACCGCCAGGACGCGGCGGUCUCAACUUCUGACCAGCAGGGAAACUAA